AUGAAAAUUUUCUGUGGAUUCAUUGUUGUUACCCUAAUGACCUUUGCGUCAGCUCAAGAAUACAAUUACAACUUGGGAUCAUCAUACGGUUCAGGUUCAUCAUACUCUGCACCUGCUUCUUCAUCAUACUCUGCACCCGCUGCUUCAUCAUACUCUGCCUCAUCAUAUGCUGCCAGGCCAUCAUACGGUGCUGUCCACGCUGGACCCGCUCAAAGUUACGCAUACCCAUCGCCAGCCCCACAAGUGAAAUGUGGAACAAACUUGCUUUUUUCUUGUCAACCAUCAGUAGCUCCAGUCCCAUGCCCAGCCGUAUCAUAUGCCCCAGUUAAGGGUGGCUACUCUGCACCUGCACAAAGCAGCUACUCGACACCAGCAGCCCACAGCAGCUAUUCUGCACCAGCAGCCCACAGCAGCUAUUCUGCACCAGCAGCCCAUAGUAGCUAUUCUGCACCAGCAGCCCACAGCAGCUAUUCUGCACCACCAGCCCAUAGUAGCUAUUCCGCUCCCUCUCAUAGCAGCUAUUCGGCUCCAGCCCAAAGUAGCUACUCUGCACCAGCUCAAAGCAGCUAUUCUGCACCAUCCCACAGCAGAUAUUAA